AUGAACGAAGGAGAUUCUUCAAAGUUCUUCAAAGUCUACUUACCAGACGAAUCCGGAGAUGAUCUGGAAUUUCCCGUCUCUUUCAACAGCUCGUUACCAAAACCUCUGCCUAGAAAUGUUACGGUUAGGAGUAUUUACGGGAAGACUUGGAAAUUGGCGUUGAGGAAAUGCGGUGGCGGUGAUGUUGAGAGAUACGCUCUCGUCAACGGUUGGAAGAGGAUUGCAAAGGAUGAAGCUCUCAACGGUGGAGAUUUCUUGGCCUUUGAGUUCGACGGCUCUGCCUCUUUCAACUUCUGUAUCUACGAGGGUCGAACCAUGUGUAAAAGACUCAGAAGAACAAGUUCAGAGCGAACGAACGAGAUCAAGGAGGAAUCUGAGGGUGAAGAAGAAGAAGAAGCUAGAGCUAGUGACAACGUUCCAGAUCUUGAUGAUGAUGAUGACAGACAGUAUCUGGAUGAUCCAGAAAACCCGUACUUUACUGUGUUCCUAAAUCCGAAUAAGAACAGCCAAAUGCACAUCCCGGCUAAAGUGAUAGGGGACUAUGGAUUAAACUUCCCUCAGCUUAUAACGAUCGCUGACCCGGUCUCGAACAAUUUCGGGACAUUGGAGAAGAUUAUCAAGGUUCAGGGGAAUGGCAGCGUGUUUGUCAAGGGGUUUGGGAGUGUUAUCAGAAGGAACAAAGUGAAGACAGGCGAUAAAAUGGUAUGCGAAGUGGUGAAGACCGGUAAUAACAAUCUGGUUCACACAAUCAAGAUACACAUCAUCCGUGGAUGA